AUGAAGAACUUUAUUGGAUUAAUUUUGAUUGGAUUACUUAUUCGACAUGGAUUUGCUGAUGUAUCACAUUUAUCUAAACAUCACAAUCACAAUGGAUACUUACCACCUCAGCCAGUUUCAAAUUUAUUCAUUGAACAGGAUUACAAUGGAAUAAAUUCACCUCAGUCUAACAACGCAGUUGCUCAAUCACAAUCCCCAUCAGGAUAUGAUAAUGAAAGUCGAGGAUAUUUGCCACCCUACCAGGAACAAGCUCAAUAUCACAAUCAUGAGCAUCACCAUAACCAGCAACAGGAAGAUCGAGGAUAUUUACCACCACAUUUAACACCUCCAGCUGAAAACCAUCAACACGUUCAGAACAAUGGUUAUAAUCAACAGCCACAGGAACACCAAGGUAAUAAUAUUCAUCAAGAAGAUCGAGGAUAUUUGCCACCUUACCAACAACAGCUUCAAGGCCAUAAUGAUCAUAACCACAAUAAUCAACAAAUUGAUCCAAAUCUAGAAGUUUCUUAUCACAAUCAUCAUGAAAUAUCUCUUGAACCUGGUAAAGUGAACCACGAACACAAUAAAGGAUCACCAUCCAACGAAGAAUACGAGGACAAUUCACAAGGAUAUAAUUACUCUCCACCAAAUCAGGGCUUCCAAGAAGGCGUUCUUCAGCAACAUCAACAAAUUCUCCCUGCGAAUAAUUUAAUAAGUCAUCCACCACAAACAAUUGGUAAUCAAAACAUUAUUUCCAAUCCAGUGCAGUCACAGCAAGAAGCUCCCGAAGAAUACCAUCAUUCAAGCCAGCAUUCUAAUCUUCAUCAAAAUGAAGACCACCAUCAUCAAGUUUCUCAGGAAUAUCAAGGCCCUAGUUCAUCAAGCCAUGACCAUGGAACCACCUUCCAAACUCAGAUUCAACAAACAAACAUUGCACCAACAUCAAGUUUUCAAACUCAAAACAACGAAGAGUCUUAUCAAGAAGAAGAACGUGGUUAUCUUCCACCUAUUAACGCAUUAGAACUUCCCCAAUCAUCUGAUAGUCUGCAUAUUGUUCCACCCGCUCAGCUUGGAUUACAAAUUGAGAAGUCUAAAAAAACAGCCCCAAUAAGUCAUGUCAAUCUUCCUCUGCCUAUUCCUCAAGUUGGAUACUAUUUUAUCCCUGCAGUGGUGACAAAGCUUCCUAGCUUAGGGGAGAUUAAAAAUGAGCAAACAAGUUUAGAAAAAAAUUCACCAUUUGAUGUAAGUCACCAACAGCAACAUAUCCAACAACAAGAAGGACCAGAGCUACAGCUACAGCAACCACAACUCCAACAGCAAAAUCAACAACAACAACAGCAGCUAGGACACCAGCAACAUCAUGAGCAUCAACAGCAGCAAUUAUUCCAACCAGAACAACACCAACACCACAAUCACCAAGAGCAACACCAUUUGGAACAGCAGCAUCUACAGCAUGAACAACAACAGCAGCAACAACAACACGAGCAACAUUAUCAGCAUCAACAGCAACAAUUACUCCAUCAAGAACAACACCAGCAUCAUCAACAGCAACAUCAUUCGGAACACCAGCAACUUCACCAGGAGCAACAUCAGCAGCAACAACAUCACCAACAGGAGCAACAACAUGAGCAACAUUACCAGCAACAACUCUUCCAACAAGAACAACACCAACAACACGAACAACAACAACAGCAGGAACACCAGCAUCAUCAACACUCUCAGCAUCAGCAACAACAAGAGCAACAUUAUGAGCAACACCAUCAGCAACAACAUUUGCAAAAUAAUCUGCAACAACAGCAACAACUGUUCCAACAACAUGAACAAAGUGAACAACAACACCAACAGCUGUCAAGUGAUGAAGUUUUUCCUGCUGAACAUCCUAGAACAACAGCAUCAGAAAUUCGCAUUAUACCAUCAAUUCAAACCGCUCAAGAAAUAUCAAGUCAAGGCUAUUUAACACCUACCCAAGUUGUUAGUCAGCAUAUUGCUGAUAUAGAAAUAACACCACCUGAAACAAAUCACCUUGAAUUCGGUCAACAGAACUUCCCUCCGCUUAUUGACAAUCAACAACAACAACAACAUCAAGACAACUUUGACUAUCAACAACAUCAAUUAGAACAAAACCAGAAUGAAGUUCAAAAUACGCAUCAGCAAGUAGAUCAACCAUCACAAAGUGGUUUUGAGAAUUUUGCAAAGUCAGUAGUUCAUGGAGUAAACAUCAAUCAGCAAAACCAGAUUAGUAGAACUUUUGAACAAACAUAUAACAGUCAUCAGCAUCAAGAAAAUGCCUACUUGCCCAGCAAUGAUAAUAAUCAUCAUCACCAACAACAAGCCUUCCAAAAUCAAGAUCAACAGGUUUAUAACAGCAAACCAUUAGCAGCAGUCAAUAACCAGCACAAUCAAGUGACAAAUUUGCAAAUCUAUAUGGCCAGCGUGAAUCCCAAUGACAGGUACGGAUCUUUACAAUUUCAACCACAACAAGCUAUCGAAAGUAAUCCACCACCUGUCAAUCCACCAAUAAUGUAUAGCAAGCCAUCAGCAGUACAAGCCUAUGCUCCAGGAAUGGCCUAUAAGGUUUCAACUAAUCUUCCAUUUACUUCUUUUACUCAAGCUGGUUAUCUUCCACCAUCUAACUCAAGAUCUGUAGAAACCCAACAAGAAUAUUCAUCUUCAGUUGGUUUCGAACUGAAUGAGGAGGCUAAAAAGAGUUUAAGUCAGCAAACUUAUCACGAUAAUACUAUAUUCCCUGAUAUUCUUGAUGGUAUUCAAGAUGAUGAAGUUGCCCAAAUAAUGGAACAACUUCAGGGACACAUUCGAACAAUACAAAUAACAAAUCAUCAAGAUCAUUCAGUGAAGAAUCUGAAAGUUAUCGAUUCAUCUAGUCAAGAUGGAGAGAGAACAAUCGAAAUUUUAGGUCAGUCUAAUGAAGAUCCUAUGGGUGAUCACAAAAUUGUACACCUGAUAAGCAAAGUUCCAAACCCACAACCCAUCAAUCAAACCAUCAAAAUAUUCAGCGAUAAGAAAGAAGCUGUCCCUGCAAUCACACCCUUGACAGCAUCUGUUACCAAUGAGUAUUUGCCACCACAGUUGACACGACGUCGAAGAUAUUAAAGUUUUUGAAGUUCCAUUCACACGUUACAUUCAAAAAAAGGUACCUUAGUUCUAGUUAAGUUACACGAGCCAUUUUUGUUGUUGUCUAAUUCUUAAGAGACUAUGUUAGCCUCGAUAGUACGAGUAAAUUAAUCGAUAUAGGAUUAUAUCGAUGACUGUUUAGUUGUAAUUUUCAUUAAAUUCGAUAUCAUUAGCGAUUUUUUUGUUCCCAUAAGUAAUUAUUAUAAAUAAUUUG